AUAUUGUCCCAUCUGACGAAGAGCUGUGAACUGGUCUGAACACAGAAACCAAACAAACCAUGGCGUUCACAAUUUUUGGAGUUUCGGCAUGCCUAUUAUUGGUUGUGAACACCGUCACACCUAUCUCUGUACCCUCUUACCCAUCUUCGUCGUAUCCCUCGACUACGUCAUACAGCUCAGCUCCGGCGUAUACGCCAGCUCCUCCAUCAUACAGCCCAGCACCGGCCUACAAACCAACUCCAUCAUACAGCCUUGCUCCGUCGUACAAAUCGACCCCGUCGUACAGCCCUGCCCCGGCCUACAAGCCUGCUGGUCCAGCCUAUAAACCAACCUCGGCUUAUAAACCAGCCCCGGUUUACUCUGCUCCGUCCUAUUCCGCCCCAUCCUACUCUGCCCAUUCAUACUCUUCCCCGUCCUACUCUGCGCCGUCAUACUCUUCCCCGUCCUACUCCGCACCGGCACCGUACAAAUCUCAAGAGCCCGAGUACCCGGCCAAGCCGUACAACUUCGAAUACUCUGUCAACGACUACAACACCGGAGAUGUCAAGAGCCAAGCCGAAUACAGUGACGGAAAGAACGUCAAAGGUUACUACAGCCUGAUCGAGGCCGACGGAACCAAGAGGAUCGUCGAGUACACCGCUGACGAAUACGGUUUUAACGCUGUUGUCAAGAAGGAAGGCACUCCGUCGUACGGCGCUGCCGCUCCAGCUUACUCAUCGGCCCCGGCUUACUCGGCUGCUCCAGCAUACUCGGCUGCUCCAGCAUACUCGGCUGCUCCAGCAUAUUCGGCUGGCCCGGCUUACCCAGCGGCCCCGGCUUACUCUGCCCAAUACGCCGCACCCGCUUACAAGCCAGCGUACUCAGCGCCCGCUUACUCCGCACCAAAGGCUUACAACUCCGCACCGGCCUACAAGCCAGCUUACUCUGCACCAGCUUACCCUGCACCCGCAUACUCGGCGCCGCCAGCGUACUCAGCGCCCGCUUACUCCGCACCAAAGGCUUACGCCCCAGAACCCGCAUACGCCCCAGCCCCAUACAGCUUCGAAUACAGCGUAAACGACCCACACACCUACGACGUCAAGAGCCAAUCUGAAUACGCCGACGGCAACGGUUACGUCAAGGGAUCUUACAGCCUUUUGGAAGCCGAUGGUUCCACCCGCACCGUCGAAUACACCGCUGACGACUACAACGGUUUCAACGCCGUCGUCAAGAACUCCGCCCCAGCUGCCUACAAGCCAGCUUACUCCGCACCAGCUUACUCCGCACCAGCCUACGCUGCCCCGGCUUACCCAGCACCAGCUUACUCUGCCCCGGCCUACAAGCCAGCAUACAAACCAGCAUACUAAUAAUUUAUUUUGUCAUGUAAACCAAAUCUCUUCUUUACCUUUUUUGAUUUCAUGACCCUGUCAUGAAAUUUUCAUUAUUCACCAACUAUUUAUGUCAUCAUUGUAUUUAUUUUAUAAAUAAAUAAUGAAAUAAAACAAAUAAA